CCCUCUGCGUGAGCGCAGGCACAGCAGAGCCGCCGCUGCAGGACGGACACGCUGCACUCCCCAUGCUGAGAUGGUGAUGACGACCCACAACUCUCCUGGGUGGCUUCAUCUCCCUCCAGCAAAGAUGUUGCAUCACCCACUCAGAUGAUAGGAGAUGGGUGUGAUCUCGGCAUCGGGGAGGAGGAAGGGGGGACUGGCCUGCCAUAUCCCUGUCAGUUUUGUGAUAAGUCCUUCAUUCGCCUGAGCUACCUUAAAAGGCACGAGCAGAUCCACAGUGACAAACUACCUUUCAAAUGCACCUACUGUAGCCGGCUUUUUAAGCACAAGAGGAGUAGGGAUCGCCACAUAAAGCUUCACACAGGGGAUAAAAAAUACCAUUGCCACGAAUGCGAGGCUGCAUUCUCCCGCAGCGACCACCUCAAAAUCCACCUGAAAACCCACAGCUCCAGCAAACCGUUCAAGUGUACUGUGUGUAAACGUGGGUUUUCAUCUACCAGCUCAUUGCAGAGUCACAUGCAAGCUCAUAAAAAGAACAAGGAACAUAUGGCAAAGACUGAGAAAGAGGUGAAGAAGGAUGAUUUUAUGUGUGAUUACUGUGAAGAGACAUUCAGUCAGACUGAAGAUUUGGAGAAGCACGUAAUGACACGCCACCCACAGCUUUCCGAGAAGGCAGAUUUGCAGUGUAUUCAUUGCCCUGAAGUAUUUGUAGAUGAAAACUCGCUGCUCUCACACAUUCAUCAAGCCCAUGCCAACAAAAAACACAAGUGCCCUAUGUGCCCAGAGCAGUUUUCUUCAGUGGAAGAAGUCUAUUGCCACUUGGACAGCCACAGACAACCUGACUCCAGCAACCACAGCAUCAGCCCUGACCCAGUCCUGGGGAGUGUGGCAUCCAUGAGCAGCGCAACGCCCGACUCCAGCGCAUCGGUGGAAAGAGGUUCCACUCCAGAUUCAACCUUAAAGCCUUUGAGAGGACAAAAGAAAACCAGGUCUGUUGACAGAGAGGAAGGUCAGAACUGGUCUAAAGUUACUUACAGCUGCCCCUACUGCUCAAAGCGUGACUUCAACAGCCUCGCUGUUCUGGAGAUCCAUCUGAAGACCAUUCAUGCAGACAAACCUCAGCAAAGCCACACGUGCCAGAUCUGCCUUGAUUCCAUGCCUACACUGUACAACUUGAAUGAACACGUGAGAAAAGUGCACAAAAACCAUGCCUAUCCCAUGAUGCAGUUUAGCAACAUUUCUGCCUUUCAUUGUAAUUACUGCCCGGAGAUGUUUGCAGAUAUCAACAGUUUGCAGGAACACAUCCGCAUUACUCACUGCGGCCCAAACGCUACCCCUCAAGAUGGCAACAACGCUUUCUUCUGUAACCAGUGCUCCAUGGGCUUUCUGACCGAAGCUACCUUGACUGAGCACAUCCAGCAGACUCACUGCAAUGUAGGAAAUUCAAAAUUGGAUUCCCCUGUCAUUCAGCCAACACAGUCUUUUAUGGAAGUUUAUUCAUGCCCUUAUUGCACAAACUCCCCCAUUUUUGGCUCCAUCCUGAAGCUUACAAAGCAUAUUAAAGAAAACCACAAGAACAUUCCUCUGGCACACAAUAAGAAGUCAAAAGCAGAGCAGAGUCCAGUUUCUUCUGAUGUUGAAGUCUCUUCCCCUAAAAGGCAGCGGCUUUCUGCAAGCGUAAAUUCAGUGUCUAAUGGCGAAUACCCGUGUAAUCAGUGUGAUCUAAAGUUCUCAAAUUUUGAAAGUUUUCAGACCCAUUUAAAGUUGCAUUUGGAGUUGCUGUUGAGGAAACAGUCUUGCCCUCAGUGUAAAGAAGACUUUGAUUCCCAGGAGUCUCUUCUGCAACAUCUCACUGUGCAUUACAUGACAACUUCCACUCAUUAUGUAUGUGAGAGCUGUGACAAACAGUUUUCUUCAGUGGAUGAUUUGCAGAAGCAUUUGUUGGACAUGCAUACUUUUGUGUUGUAUCACUGCACCCUUUGCCAAGAAGUUUUUGAUUCCAAGGUAUCUAUCCAAGUGCAUCUGGCAGUGAAGCAUAGCAAUGAAAAGAAGAUGUAUCGUUGCACAGCCUGUAACUGGGAUUUUAGGAAGGAGGUGGAUCUCCAGAUUCAUGUGAAGCAUAGUCACUUGGGUAAUCCAUCAAAGUCUCACAAAUGUAUCUUCUGUGGUGAGACCUUCAGCACAGAGGUAGAACUGCAGUGCCACAUCACAACCCACAGCAAAAAAUACAACUGCAAGUUUUGUAGCAAAGCUUUUCAUGCCAUCAUCUUGCUUGAAAAGCACUUGCGGGAAAAGCAUUGUGUCUUUGAUGCUAGUGCUGAGAAUGGUACAGCUAAUGGCAUGACCCCAACGAAUAAGAAGACAGAAGGGGCAGAUAUCCAGAAUAUGUUAAUGAAGAAUCCAGAUGCUUCCAACAGUCAUGAAGCCAGUGAGGAUGAUGUGGAUGCUUCUGAGCCCAUGUAUGGUUGUGACAUUUGUGGGGCUGCCUACACUAUGGAGGUCCUCUUGCAGAACCAUCGCUUGAGAGAUCAUAACAUCAGGCCUGGGGAGGACGACUGUUCUAGGAAGAAAGCAGAAUUCAUCAAAGGCAGCCACAAGUGUAAUAUCUGCUCAAGGACCUUUUUCUCGGAAAAUGGCCUGAGAGAGCACAUGCAGACCCAUCGAGGCCCAGCUAAGCACUACAUGUGCCCCAUCUGUGGGGAGCGCUUCCCAUCGCUCCUGACCCUGACGGAGCACAAAGUCACUCACAGCAAGAGUUUGGAUACAGGGACAUGUCGGAUCUGCAAAAUGCCGCUGCAGAGCGAGGAGGAAUUCAUCGAGCACUGCCAGAUGCAUCCAGAUCUCAGAAACUCCCUCACUGGGUUUCGCUGUGUUGUCUGCAUGCAGACAGUCACCUCUACCCUGGAGCUGAAAAUUCAUGGGACGUUCCAUAUGCAGAAAUUGGCAGGAAACUCCGCAACCUCAUCGCCUAAUGGCCAGGCCUUGCAAAAACUCUACAAGUGUGCGCUGUGCUUGAAGGAGUUCCGGAAUAAACAGGACUUGGUAAAGUUGGAUGUGAACGGCCUUCCCUAUGGCCUGUGUGCUGGAUGCAUGACCAGGAGCACCAAUGGACAGUCUUCAAGCUUGACUCCACAGGAGGUGAAUGAGAGGCCGUGUGGCAGCCUGAGGUGUCCAGAGUGUAGUGUCAAAUUUGAAAGUGCUGAAGACCUAGAGAGCCACAUUCAGGUCGACCACCGAGACCUGACACCUGAGACCAGUGGCCAAAGGAAAGGUACCCAGACGUCCCCUGUUCCCAGAAAAAAGACCUAUCAAUGCAUCAAGUGCCAGAUGACCUUUGAGAAUGAGAGAGAGAUACAAAUCCAUGUCGCUAACCAUAUGAUUGAGGAAGGCAUCAAUCAUGAGUGCAAGCUGUGUAACCAGAUGUUUGACUCUCCGGCAAAGCUCCUGUGUCACCUGAUUGAGCACAGCUUUGAGGGGAUGGGAGGCACAUUCAAAUGCCCUGUUUGUUUCACAGUUUUUGUACAGGCAAACAAACUGCAGCAGCACAUCUUCGCAGUGCACGGGCAGGAAGACAAAAUUUAUGACUGUUCCCAGUGCCCACAGAAGUUCUUCUUUCAAACAGAGCUUCAGAACCACACAUUGAGCCAGCACGCACAGUGAGCCACUGGCACUACAGGACACCUCUCUGCAGAAGACUUGACGGUGGCACAGUGGGGAGGACCAUUUGAACAUUACAUCCAAUCAAAGUGUCAUUUGCAACCCAGAUGUAAAACUCUAAUGAUUUGGCCAUGAGGCGCUGCUAUUAUAAGCAGCUGGAAAUGAAUAUUAAUGGAAGAGAUUAAAAGUAUUCCAUGCUCAGUAUUUUUUAUUGUCCUGCUUCAGCUAGUGUACUUUAGAGCUUCUGCUUCUGACUGAAUUUAUAGUGUUAGAUAAAUCUGCUUUGAUGCUGUUGCCCUUUGUUGCUUCUUGUAUUAUAUUGAUAGUUAAAGAUUAGGUGUGAUUUUUUUCUUUUUUGUUAACUGCUUUUUAAUUGCAAUUUUAGGUAACUGUGCAUUGUGAUGUGAUUGCUUGGCUAUUGUCUGAAUAUUUCUUUUUAAUUUUUUAAUUAAAGACUAAUGCUUUGAUUGGAUUUGCCAGUUCACCGGACAAUGAUUAAAACUAUGUAAUGAAUAUAAUCGGUUUCAGUGCAACUGGAUGGUCUGCUUUAUAAAUGUGACUUAAUCUGAUUGCAAUAACUAGUACAGUUCAAUAAAGGGAAUACAU